UUGCGAUUUCGGAUUAUUUCGUCUUAAGACAUAUUGAAGCACAUUUAUCCCUUUGAUAUUUUUUUUAAAACAUAUAUUCAAAAUUAAUGUUAUUUAAAACAUACAAUUCUAAAGUUUUGUUCUUCUGCACUGCUUUUAAAAAACUGAAAUGUCACAAUGAGUAUGCAACAUUACAUCAUUGGAAGAAGCUUCGCAUAAUAAACAACAAAAUCAUGCCAAAAACGAGAACGAUCCCAGACGAAUUAAGAGAAAUCAGGGUGAAAGCAAAAAAUGCUUUAGUCGGAAAACCUCCCAUUCCUCCUAGCGAAAUGUAUUUGUGUGUGCUUGGAAAUGGAGCUUCCUCAUCAUGCAGAGCUGUGUUUUUAGUCACCGAUCAAGGGAGAUACCUCUUUAACUGUGGUGAAGGAACACAAAGAUUAUCCCAUGAAUACAGAUUGAAAUUAUCAAAGUUGGACCAUUUGUUCUUUACUUAUAAAAGUUGGGACAAUUUUGGAGGGUUAUUAGGUUUAUCUUUAACUGUGCAGGACAUUGGAGUGCCUGAAAUAAAUAUACAUGGGCCACCAGGCAUUGAUAUGCUGUUUGAAAAUUCCCAGUCAUUUGUUUUAGCUAAAGAUAUAAAAAUAGUAAUGAAAAAUUUCAAGGAGCCUUUUGUUGAUAACUGUAUGGAGGUUAAUUACAUUCCAAUUUUUCCUGAAAACCAUAAAAUGGAAAUGAAACACUCACCUGCAUCGAGUGUUUCUUCUGAGGAUGAGCUUGAAAAACAUGAUAAUGUAUCAGAUAGAAGAGCGAAAAAGAUUCGUUCAAGCCAUGAGAAAUUACCUGACAUGGUGAUGUGCUAUGCAUGCAAGGGUCAUAGCAAACCUGGUCAUCUUCUGAUUGAGAAAUGUGUAGAACUUGGCGUCCCUCCGGGGCCAUUAUUAGGUGAUCUUAAAAAUGGUAAAGAUAUUACUUUGUCUUCUGGAAAAAUUGUUCAUUCAAAAGAUGUUGUUUCAGAAGAACAGCCAUGCCCAGCUUUUUUAGUUGUGGAAUGCCCCUCUGUUGCCUUUUUAAAUUCAUUCGUGAAAGAAGAAAAAUUCAAAAAGUAUCAAUCUUCUUCCCCUUCACCUUGUGAUAUAGCAUCUGUGGUUGUUCAUUUCACACCAUCAGAUGUUUUGAAAAAUCAGAUUUAUCAGGAGUGGAUGACGAAAUUUCCAGACAGCACACACCACUUGCUGAUUAACAAUGAUAAUUCCAGUUUAGGUAGUAUUGGAAUUCACCGUGUGCAAUACAAAUUAAAUCUUCUUCAUCCAAGGAUUUUUUCACAACUUCUAGAACAAGAGGGAAAAGAAUCCCUUGGAAGUAACUGCUCAAUCUCCAAAGUCAUUCAAACAAAAACUCUAGACCGUUAUUAUUUACGCCCACACAAAGGAUUAGACAGGAGUAAUGUUGUUAGCCUGCAGCCUGAAGAGUUCGUAGAAGAAGCUUUAAACACACCUCAAUUCCAAGAAAAUUUAAAAAAUCUUCAAAACAAUAUAGAAAAAGAAAAGAAAAUAUGCGAUGAAAUUCUAGGCUUAUAUCCAGAAGUGAUCUUUUUGGGCACUGGUUCUUCAAUUCCAAGUAAAGUUAGAAAUGUGUCUGCUAUUCUUGUGAACACUUGCAAAGAUGAAUAUUUGCUCAUGGAUUGUGGUGAAGGGACGUGCGGCCAGCUCACAAGAUUGUACAAAAGUAUGACAACUGAUAUUUUGUUGCAUACAAACUGUGUUUUCAUCUCACAUAUGCACGCUGAUCAUCACUUAGGUUUGAUUCAAUUUCUGAAACUGCGUCAAGCAGCUUUUGAAAGACAUGAUUUGGAAUAUGAUCCACUCAUUUUAAUUGGCCCACAUAUGUUGCACCUUUGGUUAACCGAGUAUCAUAAAUCUUUUGAAACUAUUUCAUCACUUUACAAAUUUAUUUCGUGUUUUUCUUUAUGGAAUGAAAUGCCUGAAAAUGAAAAUCUUAUUAUAUUCAAGACCAAUAAUAACAUACAGGUGCAUACUGUUCCUGUGAACCAUUGUCCCGAUGCAUAUGGAGUCAUUCUUACAGAUGCUAAAUCAAAUUGGAAAUUGGUAUAUUCUGGUGAUACAACACCUUGUCAAAACCUAGUUGAUGCAGGAAAAAAUUGUUCACUUUUAAUUCAUGAGGCUACUAUGGAAGAUGAACUUGCAGAUGAAGCUGCAUUCAAGAAACAUUGCACAACAAGUGAAGCCAUCAAAGUAGGGGAAGAAAUGAAUGCGAAAUACACCAUUUUGACUCAUUUUAGUCAACGAUAUGCUAAAGUUCCUCUCUUUAAUGAAAAUUUCCACAAUCAUGUGGGCUGUGCAUUCGACAAUAUGAAGGUUCGUCCCAGAGAUCUGUACGUCUUACCAUUACUCAUUCCAGCACUAAAGUGUCUGUUUGCUGAAAAUGUUGAAGAGCUCAUCAUCAAAGGAAACAAGAGGCGUAGAAAAAUAGAAUUAUUAAAAAACAUAUCUGAAUCAAUUGCUAUAUAAUA